AUGAAGGAAGAUCAUAAUAGCAACUUAUAUCAAACCCGUGUCUCCCCUGUCACGGCUGCCAUUUCCACAACUUACGAACACAAACCUAUUAAUAUCCUUAAAAAUCAAACAGAUGAUGAUGAUUACCAUCACCAUUCAAAAAGAAAUAACUAUUCCCCAUCACAAUCACAUAACAACAAUGCAAAUAGGUUAUACAACAUAGAUCAAACAAGAGACAUGAUACGAAAACUCUCUGAAGAACCUAAAAAUCAUACAGCUUCCUCUUCCUCACCGCCACCAUCGUCAUCAUCUUCCGUAUCCUUCUCCUCCUUAUCAAACCAACAACCGCCAACACAAUCUACUACAACACCUCCUCCUCCAAUAAGAACAAAGGGAUCUAAUACUCAUUUCCAAUACGCCACUACAGCAUACGGCGUCCGUAUGCUAAGUAAAGAUAUAUCAAACACCAAAAUCGACUUGGAAGUAGAAAACUUAAUGAUAGUAACAAAACUAAACGACGUAUCAUUAUACUACCUGACAAGAGAACUAGUAGAAUGGAUCUUAAUAAACUUUCCCUCCAUUACAGUUUACGUAGACGCAGCAUUGAAAGAUUCUAAAAAAUUCGCAGCAUCUGACAUUUAUAAAGAUAGUAAAUGUAAAGAAUCAAGAAUUAAAUAUUGGACUCCAGAAUUUGUGGAUCAAAAUGAUGUAUUUUUCGAUUUAUGUGUCACCAUGGGAGGUGAUGGGACUGUGUUAUUUGUUUCAUCCAUAUUUAAAAGACAUGUACCACCUAUAUUAUCGUUUUCAUUGGGAUCUCUAGGAUUCUUGACUAAUUUUAAGUUUGAAAAUUUUAGGCAAGAUUUGAAGAAGAUUUUGAGUAGUAAAAUCAAGACGAAUUUAAGGAUGAGAUUGGAAUGUAAUCUUUACAAGAGGCAUGAACCUGAAUUUGAUCCGAAAACUGGGAAGAAAAUUUGUGUGGUCGAGUUGAUUUCCACUCAUCAUGUGUUGAAUGAAGUUACAAUAGAUAGAGGUCCAAGUCCUUUCAUUUCUAUGUUAGAAUUAUAUAGUGAGGAUAAUCUUAUGACUGUUGCUCAAGCAGAUGGGUUGAUUAUAGCUACACCUACAGGAUCUACUGCAUAUUCUCUAAGUGCUGGAGGAUCAUUAAUAUAUCCAACAGUAAAUGCUAUUGCAGUGACACCAAUAUGUCCUCAUACCUUAAGUUUUAGACCAAUUAUUUUACCAGAAAGUAUGACAUUGAAAGUGAAAGUUUCUACCAAAUCAAGAGGUACAGCAUGGGCAUCAUUUGAUGGGAAAGAUAGAGUUGAAUUACAAAAGGGAGAUUUUAUUAAGAUUUCAGCAAGUCCUUAUUUCUUUCCUACAGUGGAAUGUUCUAAUACUGAAUUUAUCAAUAGUAUAAGUAGAACAUUGAAUUGGAAUCAAAGAGAACAACAAAAAUCAUUGACACAUAUGUUAUCUAGGAAAAAUCAAGAAAAAUAUGCUACUGAGGCAAAAGUCAUUAAACAUCAAAAUAACUCCGAUUCAAGUUAUAUUGAAGAAGUUGAAAAAUGUGACGAUACUGAUAGUGAAACGGCUGCUGAUGAAGAUAAUGAAGAAGGAGAAGAAAUCGAAGAAGAUGAUUCAAAGAAAGAUGCAGUGAAAUUUGUCUUAUAG